AUGCCACUGGAUACUUUUGUCACUUCUGCAACAAAUGUAGUAGCAGCGACUGCCACCUGUAAUGUUAAUGAAAUGCAAAACCACUCUGACGAGGAAGAUCCAGAACUAUCUUCACUUUCAUCGCGAAGAGUACCGUUCAUUCCCGAAUUAGGCAAUGACAAUAACAACGGACCGAAUGCAAAUUUGCGGUACAUCGAUGUUUAUGAGAACCCCAGCAAAUUAUUGCUACCCAUCAAUGGCUACCAAGACUAUCCCUUAGUAACACUUGAAGAAGCCAUCGCACCUGUCCAGUGCAAUCUCGACAAAGAAAUUAUGGUCCAAAUCUAUAUUGCUAAACAGAACUGCAGAAAGCCAAUGGAUGGUUUAACACAAGACGAAUCUGCGGCAAUACAUUUGUAUUCGUUUGGAUCGAAUAAUGUACAUCAAAGUUUCCAUUAUGUACUGAAUCAAACACUGCGCAUGGAAGAUCGUACUCAUCUAAAGCCAUGGUUUCUUUAUUUAAAAUUAAUUUUAUCAGGACUUUGGAAAUUACCUUCAGCGAAAUGUAUGGUGUGGCGUGGUAUUAAAAAGAACUUGAGCGAUCAGUACAUUGUUGGCAACACAGUUGUAUGGUGGGGGUUCAGUUCGUGCACCACAUCAGCCGAAACGUUAGAAUCAGAACAGUUUCUUGGUAAGACGGGCACACGAACUUUGUUUAGUAUUGAAUGUACUAAUGGAAAAGUAAUUCGAAAUCAUUCAUAUUAUGAAAGGGAAAAUGAAGUUCUCUUACUGCCAGCGACCCAGUUUGAAGUUGUCGGCAAAGUGUCACCGGCGAUAGAUCUAUUUAUUAUACACUUACGGGAGACACCACCACCAUUUCCAUUCCUACAGUCACCGGUUUACCAUUCCGACAGCCCCGGUUUUACCAUUCCUACAGUCCCAUUAGCUGCAGAAGAAGUUACGGGUAAUGUUGGAACCUAUAAGCUCUACGAUCAGUCUGUAAAUGCUGAUGAUGGUGACGACGAUAGCGAGCGCCCUACUACGGACAUGCUCGAUAGUUUGCGACCACCUCCGCCACCAUCUGGUAUGGAAAAUCUAUUAUUAGAAGAUUUAGAAAAUCAUUUUGUGCCGCUUACAACUCGGUCAGUUAUGGGAACUAUGCCAGAAGUUCGCUGUUCUACCGGUGGUCGUGCACAAUCACCACCACCUCGUCCGACAGUAGAACUACAUAAAAUUAUAUUACAUAUCAAAAAUAAUACGACUGUCGACCUAUCAAUGAAACAAAUAUUUGAUGAUGAUUUGACGAUAAUCGCCGAAGAACUAAAAACAAACCGAAAAUGCACUCGCCUUACACUAAGUUCGAAUCAAAUAACCGAUGAUGGCAUUAGAGUGCUUAGUCACGCAUUGAAAGGGAAAACAAAUACUACGCUCAAAAUGCUCAUUUUAUCUUCGAAUAAAAUAGCGGAUAAUAGUGCUCAAUAUAUUGCAAAUAUGUUGAAAGGGAAUAACACUAUAGAAUUGUUAGAUCUUAGUGAUAACGAAAUAACCAACUCUGGUAUGGAAUUCAUUGCAGCAACAUUGAAAACUAAUACGACUCUAAAACGUCUUUAUUUGAAUGAUAAUAAAAUUUCGGAUGAUGGUUUCCGAUUAGUGUUACAUGCAUUGAAGCGAAAUCGUGCACUAACGCAUUUGAAUAUCAGCGGUAAUCAAUUAUCAAGAGAAUUCAAAAAGACAUUUGAUGAACAACUAUCGAAAGGAAAUCAAACAUUAAAAACCGUAUACUUAUAA